CAUUUUUUUUGUUUUCCAUAUAAUUGAGUGUCUUUCUGCUAAUUUUCCCAACAUAUCUUGCCAAUUCCUCUGCCUAAAUACAGAAUGCAUUCAGUUCAUUUUUCACUGUUGGUUUGUGCUUAUGCAGUAGCAGUGUUUGCAGCAACUUCAGAUUGGCAAGUACAAGAGUCACAAGACUGGUUAAACCAUGGUGGAGAUUUGUUCAACAGGAGAUAUGCUUACAAAGAGCGUAAGAUCAGUCCAGAAACAGCAGCGAACCUACGUUUGAAGUGGAAAUUCUAUGCAGGCAAAGAUAUUACUGCAACACCAGCCAUAUAUGAUGGUACCCUUUAUUUUCCAAGCUGGAAUGGUAACAUCUACGCAGUUAAAGAAGGCGAUGGAUCUCUUGUUUGGAAGCAGAACUUGCAGAUUCUGACAGGUUUAAAAGCAACUGGUUUUGUUCAGAAUGUAAAUUGGACAGUGUCAAGGUCAACUCCCACUGUUGCUGGGGAUUUAUUGAUUGUUGGAAUCUAUGGCCCUGCCAUUGUUAUUGGUGUCAGAAGAACAAAUGGUGAACUUGUGUGGAAGACCACUUUGGAUAAUCAUCCUGCAGCACUCAUCACCAUGUCUGGGACAUUUUACGACGGGAGUUACUAUGUUGGAACAUCUUCACUUGAAGAAGGCGCAACCAUUGAACAAUGCUGUGUAUUUCGUGGAAGUUUAACAAAACUUGAUGCUCAAUCUGGUGCCAUCUUGUGGAAGACCUAUGUAUUACCAGAUAACAAUAACACUAGAGGAAAUUAUGCAGGCGCUGCCAUUUGGGGAAGCAGCCCUUCCAUUGAUGUUUAUAGAAACCAUAUCUAUAUUGCUACUGGAAACCUCUAUUCUGCCCCAUCACACAUACUUCAAUGUCAAGAAAGACAAAAGAAUCAAACCAAGCCUACUCAACCAGAUGAGUGUGUUGAACCAGAAAAUCACUCCAAUUCAAUCUUGGCCCUUGAUUUGAACUCUGGGAACAUUACAUGGUAUCGCCAAUUAGGAGGCUAUGAUGUGUGGUUUUUUGCAUGCACCAAUGCUUCAACUCCUAAUUGUCCUCCUUCAGGUCCUACCCCAGAUGCUGAUUUUGGAGAGGCACCAAUGAUGCUGACAACAUAUGUAAAUGGUUCCAAAAAAGAUAUGGUUGUCGCUGUUCAGAAAAGUGGCUUUGCUUGGGCUUUAGACCGCAACAAUGGCAGUCUCAUUUGGUUUACGGAAGCUGGACCCGGUGGGUUUGCAGGAGGUGGAACGUGGGGUGCAGCAACCGAUGAAAGGAGAGUUUACACCAAUAUUGCAAACUCUGGGGCCAAAAAUUUUACUCUUUCACCAUUAAAUAUAACUACAACCACUGGAGGGUGGGUGGCAAUGGAUUCAAACAAAGGUAACAUUCUAUGGUCCACAGCAAACCCUAGUAAUAGCACUGCUAAUGGUCCUGUUAGUGUUGCAAAUGAAGUUGUAUUUGCUGGAUCAACUGAUAGAAUGGGAUCCAUUUAUGCAAUUAAUGCAAAGAGUGGGAAGAUUUUGUGGUCUUACAAAACAGGAGCCAGUGUUUAUGGAGGCAUGUCAAUUAGCAACGGUUGCAUAUAUGUGGGUCAUGGAUAUAAUGUAAAUCUAGGGUUUGCCACAAACUUAACUGGUGGAACUUCACUCUUUGCCUUCUGUGUCUGAAGUCAUUAAUGUUAUUUUUAGUAUUGUAAUGGAUGAAUAAACAGUAUAUCUGUACCAAAAACUAUUGGUAUGUUACAUCAUUUAUAAAUACUUAUUGAAGAA